GUUUCAUGGGGCUAUGUCUAUCUGAUACGAUGUAAGACGUUCGUGUUCAAUGGAGUACGGUGGUCCGAUUGACUGUUAAAAGCGUCAUUGGAAACGUCGUUUCGAUUAAAAUAUUUAUGUGUUAAUAAACUUUCCAGAAGACGCAGCUUACUUGCUAAACUUCUAGUUGACACACAAACCACAUUUAUUAAAUAUGAGGCGUAAGAGUGAAAGGAACAAAGCGAAAGUGGGAACUCCGGAAAAGGAAGUUGAAAAGCCAACCAGAAAGUCAACGCGUAGACGUGCAAAGCGGACACCAUCGACAUCACCAGAAGAGGAAAACGAUGAAUUACCAAAAAGUCUUGGUAGCAAGGAGACGGAAAAGAAGUCAGUGCAAGUUCAGAAAAAAGAAUUAGAGCAAAUAGAAGAACGUAAUGAAAAUAUUUUAUCUACUGAGGUGGAUAUUAAAAGCAAGUUGCAAGACGAGGAAGAGGACAAUACUGACGGAUCAGUAUGGAAAGUGUCAAGAGCCGAUGCAUCACCUGGCGAGAUACAGAAGCUGAAGUUAUGUAGACAACUCAAUCUGUCAGAAGGAUCAUCUGAUACUUCUUUAAGUAGGAAAAAAUCGAACAAGUGGCAGGAAAGUGGUGAGGGAGUUGCAGAGGAGGUUGACUCGGCAGACAAGCAACUGGUUUCUUGUACAAGAACACUCAGUAGCAAUGAACAGCCGAACGAUCCCUCCUCUUCAUACCCAGGUCAGGACUCCAACGAAGAGGUAAGUGAUAGCAAGGAGAUCCUGCCUGAAACCACUUCAGCCAACUUGUCUGACGAUAAACCAAACAUAGAUCAGCAAGGUGAAUCAAAUGAGGAAAAUAUCUUCAACGUAAACGCUGAUAGUGAUCCUACUAAGUUGAGUAGCACAACCAUGUUGGCUCCUAGUUCAGAUGGUAAUCGCUCAUCCAUGGAGACAAAUGUUAUACCAAAGGAAGAAAAAUCAUCUGUGGAAGAUGUCAGUGAAAAGUCAGCAGAAACAUUUAGUAAAGAAACUAGCAUUGAAAAUGCUAAAAGAGAGACGAGUAGUGACGAGGAGAACGACGAAAAGGUAAAAGCUCGUGAAAUAAAUUCGUCGUCCGAAUCAAACGAUGAAGUUCGUACUAAAAGUAGUAGAACCACCUGCAAAAUACAACCUGCCAAUCGCAGGAAGCAUAGAACCAAAUACAGAGAUUCGUCCAAUUCUGAUACACCUGAUUCAGAAGAUGAACCUCCUAUCAAAAGAGAUAUUGAAAUUGAUAAUUACGUGCAAGAAGAGAAGAUAAAUGCAGAGGACUCAGGUGAACAAAAAGAUAAUUCCGAAUCACCAAAAGCAAGGAAUAAUUUGUUAUUAAAUAAUGUGAACGUAGAAACUGAACCUUGUGAAGCAAAUAAACAGAAAUUGGAUAAUUUAAAUGAUAAGUCGGUAUCAACUACAGCGCAGUCCAUAGCUUAUAAGCCUAUAAAAGUAAAUUUGAAAAGAUCAUUCUCCUCAAGAAUGUUGACAGAGAAGAACGAUGCGAAAAAAGAUGACAAUGAUACAAACACGAAUAAUGAAACAGCUAUUUCAAACAAGGAAAAUCAUGAUAGUACCGAACAAAAUUCAAAAUGUGUUCCGAGAAAACGUCGGUGGGGCACUGCACUAUCUACCGAUACCGCACCUUCAUUUUCAAUUUCUACGGAUUCACUUAAAGCAUUAGUGCCAGGAGCAAGACCGUUGUCAAUAAAUGAAGUUCGCCUUUCAAAAGACGAUGACGAGGACAGAGAUCGUUAUCGGGUCAAUGAAAAAUGGCAUAAUUCUAACGAAGGAGCGAACGAUGAUAAAUCUGGCGAUGAAAGUCUUCUGCAAAAGAACGGCGGAACGAAAAAAGGGGAUGCAAAGAUAGAUAAUCACAUAGCGGCUAGACGUAAAAUAUCAAUCGUCAAAGAAACACCACAUGUGAAAUCUCCAAGUCCGCCUGCUACAAAGCCUACGAAUAUUCUUUUGAUCAAAAAUUUGGUUCGUCCUUUUACUUUAAAUCAAAUUAAAGAGCUUCUUUCACGUACUGGCACAAUCGUCGAAAAUGGAUUUUGGAUGGACAGAAUUAAAUCGAAGUGUUUUGUAGAGUAUGCCAAUGAGGAUCAGGCAUUUGAAACGAGACAAGCGUUGCACGGUAUAUCCUGGCCCGUGUCAAAUCCGAAGAGGCUACACGUUGAAUAUGCAACCAAAGAUGACAUGGAAUUGGCACGAGAAUUAUCAAAAGAUCAGUCCAUUCCAAGGAAAACAGAGCCUCUUGUACCAUCCGAUUCGUGGCAACAAGAUUGGAACCGUGAGGAAAGAACAAAUACAAAGGUGAUGGUAGUCCGAGAGUGGGAUCUGGGUAAAGAAGAUGGUCAGCAACACAUGAAGGAGAAGGAACGUGAAAAGAAAGAGCACGAUAAGAAGAGGCGACAGAGGAGUCGGAGUCCUGCGGUGGAAGCUCAUCUUCCGGCUCCAGCUCGUAAAUUUAAAAAGAAAGAAGACGACCCACCACCAGCUAAGCUUUUAGACGAUCUCUUUAGAAAAACGAAGGCGACGCCAUGCAUAUACUGGUUACCGCUUACAAACGAACAGAUAGUCGUAAAGGAAGAAAUGAGAAGGCAACACAUGGCGGAACACGCGCGCAGAUUAGAAGAAAUGAGACGCGCGGAGAGAAACAACAGGGAUGGUCGCCGCCGUCGGAGCCCAAGAAAAUAAUUCUCUAAUCUACCAUUGUCGAUAAACAUACCCUCUCCUCUGAUACAAAAAUUCCAAUUUUGACCAAUUCCAUUUUAAAAAAUGGCUCUAAAUCACGUACAGACAAACAGAUCUUUUUCCUUUUUCUUUUCAGUCGAUGGAUUUGUUGAAUACCGUUCCAAAGCAUUAAUUUUUCUCUUUUAUUCGACGCUUUGCAGGCUCUGUUUUAUAAUUACUGCUUUAAUGUUUCGCGUUAGAAUUUGUCGUUUUUUAAUUGAGGGUUUCCGCAAAAAGAACGAUACCUUUUUAUUUUAAUUUCAUUUUCGUACAUCCGUUUCAAGCAGUUUCUUAUUGAUUCGUUUGUUAACGUGUAACUUAUGAAAAUUGUUUGCAUGACCCUGGACCCUCUGAAUCCCUUCUAUCCCAAGUUUCAGCAUUAAACCGUACUUCUUACAGGUCGACAUUAACUAUUCAACAGUGUUUGCAUCGUCUAGGAGACAAGCAUCACGUUCUACGAUACAUCGUGGUAGCGCGGUAUCGCGAAACGCAGCUUGGGAAUUGGAGAAUAAUUGAACCCGUGAAAUGAAAUGAAUUUAGUAAUUCGUGAUUAUUGAAAAUACUGUUUGUCUUUUUACGAAAAGAAAAGUAAAGAUGAAAGUUGGGCAAAAGCAUAGCAGCACCAAACGCCGCCCAGAUGGUGAGACUGUGGUUUAUUGACUGACAUGAAGUUGUCCUAAGUGUCGAGAGAAUAUCUCGUCUCUCUCUCUCUGAAUUACUUUGUUUCUUUCGUCAGUAGAAAAGUAGCCAGGCUUCCUUGACAUGUACUACCACCACUUGGUAGUAAUGUGUAAAGUUUUGGUGUUUCUUUCACGUGAUGCAUCCGCACAGUCAGAAACACGUUUGUACAUAAAAGAUUAUUCAAUAUUCCGUGACUAUAUGUAAAAUUAUUAAUAAAUGUAAUACAGUAUAGGAUUACGUAUGAAAGUACACUGUAUUUAGUGAAAAGAAAAAAAAAA